CUCUCUUAUAUGGCUGUCACUACAAGACAAUAAGUUAUCUUGCUUACCAUUGAGGAUUGGCAAUUUAGUCUCUUUGGAAUACCUUGAUGUGUCAUUUAACAAACUUGCUUCUAUACCUGACUCAUUCAGGCGGUUGAGUUCUAUGACUGAACUAAAAUUGUCACAAUGUGGUUGCUGUCAUUUGGCAUUUUUGAAUGAAUUGAAUUUCACAGAGACCAAAAUUAUAUUACAAUUAGACUUUUGGCAGUUGCUGUCAAUUGAUCAACACACCCUCAUGCAGUGGCCUGGGUUGCUCAAGAUUUCCAUGAAUUCAGUGAAUUCUACUGUAAUAGUUGAUCUAGAAGGAUUAAAGCAAGGUCAACUUAGCUUCCAAGACCUUAACAUCAACAGCUUCUCAACUCCACCUCAGUCCUUCAUCCAUGGGCUUGGCAGGUCUUUCGUAGAUCAUGGCUAUAACAUACAAGUGCCACCAUCAGUACAUUUGGGUGCUAGCUCUAGCCAAGCACAAGUGUCAAGUUACUUCCUAGAUGUAGUCAGCUACCUUGAUCUUUCACACAACAAACUGAGAGAGAUCCCUGAUGCUUUGUCUUUACUUGGUAAUCUCACCCAUUUAGAUAUCAGCAACAAUAUCAUUACAGCUUUGCCAAGGAGCCUGCUUGCACUGGAAAAAAUUGAGUCCUUUUAUGUCAACAGAAACAAUAUUAUCAGGGAAGGCUUUGUUGACUUAGCAUCUUUUAGGAAUCUCAAGUAUGUGAAGUUUGAUCUUACAAAUUACCCUCCUUUGGGCAGCCUACCAGCAAGUUUGAUCUUUGUUACCAUCACUUUGUGUGACAGUCAAUCACACCACGUUGCUGAUAUAGAUUGGGAUAUUCAAAUAUCACAGCAACCACACAAGUAUUUUGACUUUGUUGUGAGGUCUUUGCAAGGCAGAACACCUGGUGAAGUUGCAUUAUCUGACAGUGACAUGCAUGCAAUUUCUCCUAUCAUUCUUGACCUACCAUGGACACAGAGGCCCUGGAAAGGAAAUGUAAUUUCUCUUCUCCUGUCAGGCAACAAUUUGUCUGUAAUUCCCCAUGAUACUUCAAAGUUGUUACAUCUCCAACAUCUGGAUUUAAGUAGAAAUAAAAUCAGCUUCAUACCAGCUAAUAUUUGGAAGUUAUCAAACCUUAAAUGUCUUGACAUCAGUUUUAAUAGGGUGCAAGAAAUAUCAGAUGAAAUCUUAUUUGCCAAAAGAUUGACAACUUUGUUUGUACAAGGUAAUAAGUUAGUUGAAUUACCACAAAGUAUUUCUAACUUAAAGAUGCUAGAGGAACUCUGUGUUUUUGCAAAUGACGUAGAUGUCAGCAGAACCCCAAAUUUGUUCUCUAUGAUGGAUUGUAAACACCUCAAAGUUGACAUUGUGAAUGCUGUAAGGUGUCAAAAACCUCCAAGGUACAAUGAAAGUUUGCUUGUCCACUGCUACUAUCAAGACGUGGAUGUUAUUGUAGUCUCAGCUAAGAUACUGUUUGAGCACAUGGUUGAAAUUUCAAACAUAAGUGUGUCACUGCAAACAAAUGACAAGCAACAACAGCUUUCCUUGAACCUAGCAGGCUUUGGCCUAACAGCAUAUCCAAGCUCAGUUGUUUCUCAACUCAAUGUUAAAGCUAUAGAUUUAUCACAAAAUAAAAUAAGGGCUGUUCCAGAGCAGGUUUGUAAGCUCCAGAAAGAGCUUAACUAUUUGAACCUUUCAGAUAACAGCCUUAAAGGUUUACCACUAUCCAUUGGCCAUCUUCAACAACUUGAGCAGUUGAUUUUAGAAUAUAACCAAAUCAACCAGCUUCCAGAGAGUAUUGGUGUUUUACAAAACCUUUCUGUACUAAAACUCACUGCAAACUGCUUAAGAGAAGUUCCAAGAUCUCUAAGUGACAUGCUUGGUUUGAAAGAAAUUGACUUGUCAAACAACAGCCUUGAGAGUAUUCCUGAAAUGAUAGGAACAUUGAAAAACCUUACAUCUCUUGACAUAAGUGGAAACAGCUUGUCCAUUUUGCCAUCAUCUAUUUGCAGUUGUCACUCACUAGAAACCAUGAAAUUGUCUAGUAACAUGUUGUCUCAGUUACCAGACACCAUUGACCAGUUGGAAAGUCUGUCUUUACUGCAAGCUAGUAUGAACAUACUUACUGUAAUACCGCCAUCUAUCUGUAGUCUUAAGCAUUUGAAAACCCUUGAUGUCUCUUGGAACAGUAUUACAGAGCUUCCAAGGAAUCUUGGACACCUUUCAAGCUUGACUGUCCUGAAGGUGGAAAACAACCAUCUUAGGGAACUGCCUGAAUCCUUCACAGGACUGGUCAACCUGACGUCACUCAAUGUUUCAUCAAACAGCUUAAAAGCACUUCCAGAUGAAAUAUUUGAGUUUGUGAAACUCACUGAGUUGCACAUUGCUGAUAACCAAAUUGACACUCUACCAAACACCAUCUGCGAGCUGCAAAAGUUAGAGUAUUUAAGCCUUGAGAAUAACAAACUUACAGUGUUACCUAACCAGUUUGGUCAACUAGAAAAAUUGCAUCACUUUGGCAAGGCCCAGAUACAGGGUAAUCCUAUAGAACAGCCCCCAAUUGAAGUGUUUGAACAAGGACUAGAAGGAGUUGUAGCAUACUUUGAAGAGCUCAAACUAUCCAAAGCUAUUGAAGUGCCACGUGUCAAGGCCCUUUUGCUUGGUGAGGUAGAAGCUGGAAAAACAAGUUUGUGUAAUGCCAUCAGACUGGGGAAAUCAAACCUGACAGACAUCACAGAUAGAACAGCAGGAAUAGAAGUUCAUCCAGCACGGCUGCAAGAUAGCAUACAAGUACUGAUGCAUGACUUUGGUGGUCAUAGGAUCUACCAUUUAACCCAUCAGUUCUUCUUCAGUACUGCAGCACUCUACCUCAUAGUUGUGGAUCUAAAGGCAUUUAAAGAAUCGUCCUUCAAUGCUGCUGUUAAAUAUUGGCUAAAUGUGAUAAAAGCUCGCAUUGACUCCAAACCAGUACUCAGGAUUGUUGCUACACACAUAGACUUGUGUGAGUCAGAAGAGAUAAAAGAAAAAUCAGAAGAAAUAAUGAAGAAAAUGAAGCAAAUUGAGAAAAUUGAAGUAGAGUCCCUCACAAAACACCUAUCAGAUAUAGAUGAUGCCUUGAACAGAGCUGGUACACCUUGUUCAGACUGGAGUCACUCCUUGGAGGGUUUUGACACCCAAUCACUGAGGAAAAGAAGGAAAUUCAUUGAGCACCUUAUUGACAACAGACCCAUCUUUCCUGAGUUUCUUGAUCUGGUGAGUUGUGACUUGAGUUUGGCUGGUAUCAAGCAGUUGAUAGAAAACAUUGUUAUAUCAUGUCAAGAUCACAGACUCUUUCCACGUCGAAUACUUCCAAAAUCAUGGUUUGAGCUGGAGCUUGCUAUAAAAACUUUGAAACAAGAGGGAAAUUUGCAUUAUCUCAGCAUGGAUGACGUUCAGAAAGUUGCCAAAGAAAAAGCAAAUAUGACCCCUACAAGGCUCACUCGAGCUCUGAAAUACCUUCAUGACAUUGGGGAAAUUGUUCAUUUUUCAGACAGCCCAAAAUUGUCUGACUUUGUGUUCCACAAACCUCAAUGGUUGAUGGAUGUAUUCAAACUAAUCUACAAACCCGUAGAAAGAUUUGAUGAACGGUUUGCCUCAGUUUCUGAUGCUGAUUUUGAUGACAUGGUUGAAGAUUUCUCCAGCAGAGGAAUUGUAUCAGAACAAAUGAUACAGUGUUUAUGGAAACAAAUGAACCUAUCCAAACCAGAAGAAUCUAUGUUGAUCUCCAAGUGUUGA